AUGUUGAACUGGCUUUGGGAAUCUGGCAAUUUCUUGAGCUGGGUUUCGGACAACCCAGAAAAUGCUCAUGACCGUGUUGAAGAAUAUUGGACACACUGUGAAGAGCUUGACUUCUUCCAUCGUCUUGGCUUGCCAAAGUCUCAAUACCGCUACUGCGUGCCAUUUCUGUUCCACGCCGACGGUGUCAAAAUUUAUAAGAGCCAAAAAGCAUGGGUGUACUCAUAUGCAUCGGCGUGUCGCAAGGGAACAUCCAUUGAGACAAAGCUGGUUCUGCUGAUUCUUCGGGAGGCAACUAUCAUCAAAGAUCGAUCGCACGAUCGCGUUGGAGAAACCAUCGGGUACAUCAUGCGAACUUUGAUGACAGGAACAUAUCCUUCUGUCGACCACCGUGGUGAGCCUUUCUUAGUGGGAUCUGCUGAGUAUGCCAGAGCUGGGAACCUCUUUGCGGGGGGCUGGUCCAUGGCCUUCAGUGGAUUCAAGAGCGAUUGGGAAGCCCGCCAUAUCAUACACAAAUCGAACAGAUUUUACAACAGUCGUUGGGUGUGCGAACAUUGUUUAGCAUCCAGGGAUCCGGACCUGACGUUUGGAGACUUCCGAAUGACGGCAAAUUGCCUCAGCCACCGUUUCUCUCACCAGGACUAUUUGAUCAUGAAUGCAAGCAGGCUGUCUUCGUGGGUGUCGGUGCCCGGCUGGACCAAAGACAGGAACUUAGAGGGAAUUGCUUGCGUGCUCGUUGCUGCCCUAGUCUGCGACUCCCUUGAACGGUCAAUCCCAGAUCUAACUUUGAAGAGCAUGGACCAGUUGCUCGCUUCUGAUGUCUAUGUGCAUUACAAAUCUUGGUGCAGGUCAAAAGGUCAUCAUGCCACCUCGUGUAGCUUCAGGUUCUCUACGGGCAGAUUUGGAAAAGAAACGUGGGCCACUUGCCCAGAACUGGGGUCAGUAUACAAGGCUGCUGUUGUCAAGAGUAUGAUCUUUUGGUGUGCUGCGUAUUUACGGGAACACCAAACAGCUCCGAACGGUCGGCUUCGCUAUUUGUGUAUGCAGCAGUUUGCAACUUUCCAGUACCUCUUGGACAGCAAUGGUCCAUUCUUUUCUAGAGACAUGUCUCUACGUAACCCUCGAUUCGAGCACUGCUAUCAGGAUGAGGACCUGAUGAUGGAGAUUUCUCGAAUCUCCUCUCGUACUCACCCUUCAACCAUGGAGCUGGUGACUAUGAGACGGUACAGAGCCCUCCUUCAGUUUUUCAUCCACCCAGCUUAA